AUGAAGGUCGCAUGGUCAUCAGCUCUGCUGCUCGCUUUGGCGGCGGAGAGUACAGUGGCAAGCAGCUGGUUUGGCACCAAGGCUGUCUACAACAAAUGGCACGAAACUGAACUCGAGCGUUGGCUGUCUGACCACAACAUUCCUUAUCCAAAACCUGCAGAUCGCAAAGAUUUACAGAACACGGUCAAGCAAAAUUGGAACGCCAAGAUUGCGCAACCAUACAACGACUGGUCAGCGCCACAGCUGCAGACCUACUUGAAACAGAAGGGUGUCCAGACCCAGAAGGUCUCUGAUAAGAAUAAAGAUGGGCUUGUCAAACAGGUCAAAGGGUACUGGACUGAAUCCGCAGAUUCAGCCUCCAACGCGUACGGAAGUGUUCAAAAUUGGAUUUUUGAUAGCUGGACCGAGUCACAAUUGAAAUCAUUCCUUGACAAGAAUGGUAUCCCUGCACCACAACCCCGGAGACGGGAUACUUUGUUGGCAACAGCGCGUCAGAAUUACGCCAGCACCGCGAAGAAGCUCAACGAGUACUCCGCUUAUCCCGGAAGCUGGCUCUACGAAUCAUGGUCAGACUCUGAUUUGAAGGAGUUUCUCGACGCUCGCGGCGUCCCUGUCCCGCAACCUAGCACUCGUGAUAAACUGGUUGCGUCUGUUCGCCGCAAUUCACGUCUCGCAAGCUUGACACUGUCAGAGGCAGCAGCUUCUGCUUCUUCGUCUGCUACAGCCGCUAAGGAAAGCUUGAGUGAUGCCCUUCUCGAUUCGUGGAGUGAUAGUCAAAUUAAAGAAUGGGCGGACAAAAAUGGUAUCAAGGUGCCCCAGGGCUCCAAGCGAAAUGAGCUGAUCGCUCUCGCUCGUAAGCAUCGCUCUCAAUUGGUUGGAGAUAACCCUGCGUCUUCUGUCUCAAGCGCAUUUGGCGCAGCAACAUCCAACGCAAAGAACGAAGGCUCUUCAGUCACCGAAGACGCCCAGUUGAAGUCUGAGGACGCAUUCAAUCAGGCUAUAGGCACAUGGAGUGACAGUCGCCUCAAGGCGUUCUUGGACGCUCGCGGUGUCCCUGCCCCACAAUCGGGUAAAAAAGACGAGCUUGUUAAGCAAGUACGUCUCAACAAGCACAAGGCUGCUACCGGGUUUUCUGCUUGGACUUUUGAUACAUGGACCGUUGACAAUCUUAAGGGCUACCUCUCCAACCAGAAGAACAAGGCAGCCAAGAAGUCAAGUGCCUCUCGCGAAGACUUGGUCAAAGCUGCACAGGAUAGCUACUCAAGCGCUUCCAAAUCUGGAGGCAGCAACUAUGCUUCGGUGACCUCUUACCUCGCAGCAUCCACCGCCACCGCAAAAGACACUACGUUUGACACCUGGACUGAUUCGGAACUCAAGGCAUACCUUGACUCAUAUGGUAUCAAGACAUAUCAAGGCACGAAGACCAAUGAACUCAAGGCCCUCGCUCGCAAAAAUGCACAGUACUUCCGCUAUGGUACCAAUUCACCCGGUGGCUCCCUCUGGUCAAGCCUUUCGGGCAGUGCACAAUGGGUGCUCAACCAGCUGAAGAUUGGUGCAGCCAGCGGUCGCAAGGAAGGAGUCAAAGGAGGCGAUGCAGUGAAAGAGGCUGGCACAACGGCUACACACCGUGCUGGAGAGGCGAAACAACGCGCAAGCGAUAAGGUCAAGGAGGAGUUGUAG